GACCGUUCAGCACCACGGACAGCGACUGCAGAACGGGUGCGCGUCUUCCGAGCCAGCGUGACGCGAUACUGAAGGACUGAACAUGGAUCUCAUGGUGAACAUGACCAGUUUUAACCUGACGGACGAGGAAGGCCACGCGUACCAGUACUCCUUCUCCAAUACCGAGCCGCUCUACAAGGACUACAAGCCGCCGCAGCGGGACCUCAUCCCGCUCCCCAAAGCCGUGCUCUACCUCCUCAUGGCCGCGCUCGUUAUCGUGGUGGUCGCGUAUGCCAUCGUGGGUCAUCUCAUCACGGACCUGGCGCACGACUUAGCAGACUGUGUUCUGGGUCCCAGCCCGGAGGAGCAGGAGAAGGACACUGAUUUGAGCUGCAUCUCGCCCUCCAAGGCGCCGGCAGUGGCGUUCUCCUCCCUGCACACCAACGCCUUCCACGUGUGGGAUCAGGACGAGGUGCACGUCCCCCUGCCAUUGGAGGACAGCCCGCCCCCUAGCCCCGCCCACGAGCACGCCCAGCCCCUCCCACAGGCGUCCUAGACACACCCCCUACACCCUUCACCCUACCCCCCUUCAUCUUCCCCUAGAGAAAGCGUGCUAUCACCUUCACACACCUUGGCUGUAUUGAUUCCUGUAUUAUGUCAACAAGGUCAAUGUAACGGGCUUUGGAGGGGACCUUGACAAGCUGGUGACCCAGAGAGGUGCACUCCUCCUGGGCUAGG